AUGGAUUCCCCUUCGGAUUAUCUCUCUUCGGAUUUAUCCUCACCUUCAUCCGAAGAGAAUAACAAGAACAUUCCAACCAUGGAUUCCCGUCCAGUCGCCAAAGAGUUGCUUGACCGCGUCGACUAUGAUAUCUCGCAGCUGCUGCAGCGGUUCGAAAACAUUGUCGCCAUUGCUGCCAACAAGUUCGACGGAACCAGUCACGUUGAUGCCGCUGUUGAAGCGUUCCAAAUAGAUGUUGAGUCCACUGCCCUGAUCCGUGCCGCGGAGGACCUCCUCGCCUUGUCCCGCCUCAUGAAGGAGCUUUGGCUCUUCGGCAAGCUCGAUACCCUCGGCGAAGACGAACGCGACGUCCAGCGUCGCGAGAAGCUCGAGGACGAUGUGAAGGCCAUUCAGAAGGUCAUUCAGAAGUCCCUUGAUGAAGGACUGUUGAUGCCAUCUUUGGGUGUGUCCGGAGAGCCCGAGAAGCCCGAACAGUCUGAGAAGUCUGAGAAGCCCGUGAAGACCGAAAAGUAG